CCCCAGCUAAGAGGAUCGGAAAGAUUCCUCCUGUAGGCUUGCAUCAUGGAGACUAGCAGUCAAUCCAGCAGUCAACAGAUUCUGUGGAAAGAUGUUGAGGCCGUAAAAGAGAAGAAGGCCAGGUACCACACCUACCAGCGAGUGGGUCUAGCUCUGGCUCUCGUCUUCCUUGUUUUGGCUCUCUGUAUUUUCAGCCUGAGGUAUCUGUGGAGCCCCAGCCUGGGGAAGGUGUACGACCAUCAGUACAAAGCCGUGUUGGAUGGCGUAGAGACAGAAAGUAUGUUGGAGAUUGACCCAGGUCACCGCAUUGAGAUCUUCAGAAUGGGAAACGGGAGCGAGGAGGUACUUGAGGUACACGACUUCAAAAAUGGAAUCACUGGGAUCCGGUUUGCCGAACAUCAGAGGUGCUACAUCAGGACCCAAACGAGGAAACUACCCACAAUGGCAGAGGUGGAGGCUGAAGACACAGAGUUACUGCAGGUGGAUGAGACCGAGGCCAUGGAUAUGAAGGUGGAGGACUCCCAAGUGUGGGUUCCUGCGGAGGAGCCCAUCGUUAACCCAGCCUUCCUCCUCGACUCCAAGAUCUGGGAGAUUUGCCAGGAGCUGCCCAUCCACUGGAUCUAUCCCUCCCCUCUGAGUGACGCUGAGGUGGAAAAUGUGGACGCACCCGACGCAGAGGCCCCAGGUCAGCGUUUCACCCGAGACGUCCUGGACCACGUUCCCGUCAACGACUAUAGGGAUGUCGGAAUCGAGCUGGAUAACCGCCUGGAUGAGCGCGGCUACUGCUGCCAGCACUGUCGCCGUGGUUACCGCUUCUGCCGCCGCUACUACGAGCCCCUCGGUGGCUUCAACCCAUGGCCCUACUACUACCAAGGAGGCCGGGUCAUCUGUCAGAUUGUCAUGCCGUGCAACUGGUGGAUCGCCCGUAUGCUGGGGAGGAUUUGAGGAGGGGCGUGUGCCGACCGGGAUUUAAACUGUUUAUGUCGUUCUAGUUGCAAAUCCUCCUUUCGAUAAACAUUCCUGACCACGUGUGAGACCAAAGCAGUCCAUUGCACGCACAAUUAUUAUCCAGUCUGAUAGUUGGCCCAUUGAGUUUUAGUCAGUCUAAACUGUCUAAAUGGAAUUUGAAGUGUUUAGAUUCUUUCUUAGAAGUCACUGGCCGCUCACAGCUGUCUAAUUUUCUUUGCUCAUCUACCUAUUUGGUCUCCUUGCUAUCUAAUCCUGUUGAACGAGUGCAGUUUAGUUUGGAAGAUGUCCCCAGAAGCUAAUCUGCCCUAAAAAAUGCUUCAGCACUGUCUGUCCUUACUUUGUUGUGCCUCAUUUUCUUCCUUUAUAGGUUCAAAGGGGUUGCUCUAUAUAUAUAGCAGUGUAUGAACAUGUACAUACAGCAUAACAAUAUAUACAACAGUCAGUGAGUGGUGCUAUCAUAUUAGACAUUUAGCUAUUUUUUUUUGUGAUCAUUUUUUAAAUCUUGCUUAUAUAAGUAGCAGAUAAAACGCCUUCCUAUAUCCACCACAAGACCUCCCAAUAAUUAAGUUGUCACAUUGUCACAGUGACACAAUACACAAACUAGGUCAUACAGCACUUCUUUGAUGCGCACACAAUCCCUGUUAUAAAUUAUGUAAAACUAAGAUAAAAUAUGACACCGUAAGACACCCGAUAUACAAGACUUAAUAUAUUACACGUCCACAACAUGAGAAAAAUAUUUCCAACAUGUUUGAAUUAGGACAAACUCAGGAGAAGAAGUCAAAAAGCAAAGAAAACACAGAUAAUAGUACUAACAUGCCAACACAGAGAUAGAAGAAGUGUCUGAAGACUAAGCCUGUGUUAUAAGAAUUCUUUUCUAUCUUUUUGGUAUCAUGUAAAACUAAGGAGGUACACUAUAAUUACUGAUGUACCGAUCUCGGCUGUCUUUUGUGAUGUACUCACUGCUGUGUUAUCCUCCCUUGUGUUCCCUGUUGUUGCAAUACACAGAAUGCUUUAAAUAGUGCUACUGUUCAAACAGUUUCUUCUUUGCUGAGGCGAUUUUAAUCUGUAACACCACAUCUCAGUCUGUCGAGCAGAAGCAACUCUCAUCUGUAACUAACGGAUAAGCAAGCGGGAUAGGCAUUUGUAAUUGAUGUUCUGUCAUGAGAAUAACAAGGUGCAUAAAUGCCCAAGAGUAUUCAAGCAAUGUGAGAUAUUCAAAAGUUAAACAGAGAGACUAAAAUGGAGCAGUCUUGUCAUAGUUUGCUUUGAAGUCUUUUGUAUGUUUCUAUCUCUUUCCCUGAUUUUUUUUCCAAUUAAAAUUUAAUUGUGUGAAUAAUCUCAGC